GCUUGGCCUUCUCUUUUGUUUCUCUCUCUAAAAAAACACGUCACUCUUCUUACAAAUAACACACGCACUCUCUCUCUCUCUCUCUCUCUCUUAAAUUCAAAAACUCAAAAGUCCAAACUUUCGAAGGACAAAGCUCCGCAAACAUGGCCGCCAACUCAAACUCCCUCUUCCUCAUCAUCUUCAUCUUCAACCUCAUUGUGCUCGCAGCCUCCCAGUCCCCCGCCGCCGACGCUCCGUCGCCGGCGCCUCCGCCGUCGGACUCCUGCAACGGCGUGUACCUCUCAUACGCCCACACCGCCGGAUCCAAGCUUCCGCCGGAUCUGAAGAAGUCCGACCCAACUCACCAGCCAUACCGUUUCGAAUCCACCCUCACAGUCCUCAACAACGGCCUUGACGACCUCAAGUCGUGGCGGGCCUUUGUCGGAUUCCGCCACGGCGAGUUCCUCGUCUCCGCCUCCAGCGCCGUCCUCGCCGACGGGUCGACCCUCCCUGCCAGCGUCGAGAACGGCACCGUUUUCGCCGGAUUCCCGAUGAGCGAUCUCAAGACGGCGAUCAAGACCGCCGGAGACCUGACCCAGAUGCAGGUUCAGGUCAAGCUGGUCGGGACUCAGUUCGGCGUCGCGCCGCCGGAUGUUCCUAUGCCGGAUAAUAUCUCUCUCGCCAAUGAUGGGUUUGUUUGCCCCAAACCCACUUUGCAAGGGAAGAGUGGGAUGCACGUCUGUUGCACAGUAGACCCUGAUGUCAAAACAAACAUCACGGUGGAAGAAGAGUUCCUGCCGCGCCAAUCCGGCGAUCUUUCGAUCAUGUACGACGUAACCCGAACAUACGACUCGUCUUACUGGGCGCAAGUCACAAUCUCCAACCACAACCCUCUGGGGCGCCUUGACAAUUGGAAAUUGAGUUGGGAUUGGAUGCGGGACGAGUUCAUCUACACCAUGAAAGGCGCUUAUCCGUCCGUUGUCGACUCCUCUGACUGCAUUUUUGGCUCGCAAGGAACGUAUUACGGCGAUCUAGACUUCGCCAAUGUGUUGAAUUGCGAAAGAAGGCCGACCCUGAUUGAUCUCCCUCCGACGAAGUACAACGAUUCGAACCUCGGUUUCAAGCCCUAUUGUUGCCGCAACGGUACUAUUUUGCCGCCGUUGAUGGAUGCGAGCAAGUCCAUUUCGUCGUUCCAGCUUCAGGUUUUCAAAAUGCCUCCGGAUCUUAACCGGUCUGAGCUCACCCCGCCUCAGAACUGGAGGAUCAACGGCACGAUGAAUCCCGAUUACAAAUGUGGCCCGCCGGUGCGUGUCAGCCCUAGCCAAUUCCCCGACCCUAGUGGCUUGCCCUCAAACUCGACUGCCGUGGCUAGCUGGCAGGUCGUGUGCAACAUCACGCAGCUUAAAGGCGCGUCCCCGAGAUGCUGCGUCUCGUUCUCCGCCUACUACAACGACUCGGUCGUCCCUUGCAAAACGUGCGCUUGUGGCUGCUCGCGCGCUACUGACCGCACCUGCAGCACUACCACGACUGCAAUGCUCCUCCCGCCUGAGGCGCUCCUCAUUCCAUUCGAGAACAGGACGGCAAAGGCGAAAGCUUGGGCCGAUCUCAAACACCUACCGAACCCAGACCCCAUGCCGUGCGGCGACAACUGCGGCGUCAGCAUCAACUGGCACAUUGCCACGGACUACUCCCGAGGGUGGAGCGCGAGGAUUACGCUCUUCAAUUGGGGCGAGACGAGCUUCCCCGAUUGGUUCGCUGCCGUGCAGAUGAAGAAAGCGGUCCCCGGUUUCGAGAAAAUGUACUCCUUCAACGGAAGCGCCUUGGAAUUGGAUGGUUACAACAACACCCUUUUUAUGGAGGGGCUUGAGGGAUUGAACUACCUCGUGGCGGAGACCGACGCCGCCAACCCGGAGAAGGACCCUCGAGUUCCGGGGAAGCAGCAGACAGUGAUCUCAUUCAAAAAGAAAAACACCCCGGGAAUCAAUGUGCCUAUGGGAGAUGGAUUUCCCACCAAGGUUUUCUUCAAUGGUGAAGAAUGCUCAAUUCCAUCAGCACUUCCAAGCAAUGGUGUUGGAAAAACCUCAGCCACAUCAUUCUCUUCACUGCUAUUGUUGGUCUUAGUACUCCUCAUAUUGAUUUAGUGACUUCAUACUUCGUAACUGCUGCUGAUUUUUUCAUUCUUUCGGCGAUUCGAUCAUCGGCGUCGGCGAGCACCGGGGGCGGGUAGGAGUUUGCCGGGAAUCUGACUGGUAGACUUACUUUGGUUUGGAAUUGUGAAGGAGGAUAUUAGACGAUAACAGAGGA